GAAAUGGAAUGCUCGCGCGCGGCCCGCGGAACACGCUUUCCCUACCGCUUGCUGCUCGUUCGGCGCAGCAGGCGCUGCCCACGCGGGACGGUGUCCUUCGCGGCAGUUGCUUUUAAAAAAGAGUGGGAGUAACGUGCUGUCAGCCUUUAGCUUAGAUAGCCUUUAAAGGGGGCUGUCUAAAGAGGGCUUUAUGGGAGGGUACAACCACCUCCGACCGUGGUGGUUGUAAGCCACAGCUUUUCUAACCUCAUGCUCGCCAUGCCGGAAGAAACCGCGACACUCGCUUUCCCAAUUAACAUGGCCGAAGUUUUAGGGGCAGUUGCUGGAAAGCAAUAGCAUAACUGGGCAAUCGCUCCUGAUUUCACUCAUCAUGCCCACAGUGCUUCAUUGUCAGCAGUAGCUGUGAAUGAAAGAUAUGUAGUCACUGGGAGCAAGGAUGAAACUAUACAAAUCUAUGACAUGAAAAAGAAGGUGGAACAUGGAGCAUUGGUACACCACAAUGGCACUGUAUCCUGCUUGGAAUUCUAUGGGAGCGCUCAUCUGUUGAGUGGAGCUGAGGAUGGUCUCAUGUGUAUUUGGAAUACAAAAAAAUGGGAAUGCUUGAAGUCAAUUAAAGCCCACAAAGGCCAUGUGACAUCUCUUUCUAUUCAUCCUUCUGGAAAGCUGGCUUUAUCAGUAGGCACAGACAGGACAUUAAGAACAUGGAAUCUUGUAGAAGGAAGAUCUGCAUUCAUAAAAAACAUAAAACAAAAUGCACAUCUUGUUAAGUGGUCGCCUAGCGGUGAGACAUACAUGGUGGCUAUAGCUAACAAAGUUGAUCUAUACAAGCUUGAAACUGCUUCUAUCUCUGGUACCAUUGUCACAGAAAAGAGGAUAUCUUCAGUAAGGUUUAUCACUGAUUCCAUACUUGCCAUUGCAGGAGAUGAUGAAUUCAUAAGGUUAUUUGACUGCGAAUCUCAAAAAUGCCUUUGUGAAUUUAAAGCUCAUGAAAACAGAAUCAAAGCACUGUACAGUUUCAAAAUGGAAGGCUUACAUAUUCUAGUAACAGCAUCAAGUGAUGGCUACAUUAAGGUGUGGAAUCUUGAUAUUGAUAAGAUUGAGAAUACCCCAUCAUUGCUAUGUGAAGUCAAUACUAAAGCCAGGCUUACCUGUUUAGCAGUAUGGCUCAAAAGAGAUUUUGAAACAGAGCAGAUCUCCAGUGAAGCCACAACAUCUUCAUGUCAGGUACAUGAAGCAGAUCAGCCAUCAGUUAAGAAAAAGAAAAUUUGUUGGACCGAUAGUAAUAAACCUUCAGAGGGAGAUGGCCAAGAAGCCCCUCUGAAAAGAAAAUCAGGAAAUAUGCGGCAAAAGAAGUUGCAGAGAUUAAAAUAAAUGUGUAUUUAUUAUCAUAUACUGUACUAAAUACAUAACAAAUAACCAAUUGGUUUUUUUUAUUCUUAAGGCAUUUUUCAUUUUCAGUAUAUCUAUGAACAUUUUAUAUAUUAAUGUUUCUAGAAAAUAGCCGUUUUAUUUCAACUGUAACAAUACCCAGAUCUUGUGACUUCCAUGUUUUUAAGUCUGAAAAUAUAAAUCUCAAAUAUUUUACCAAGUAUGUAAAGUUUCCUAUUCCAGUAUUAUUUAAAUUUAUUUCCAAGUUGCUAAUAUAUUUUGACAUUUACAAGUAUUUUCAGGUUUUUUAAUUUAAUUCUCUUUUCAUGGAGGCAUUAUUCAUAUACACAUAACAAUAUAAAAUGUUACCUUACAAAUUAAUUUCUCAAAGUGUAUUUAUUUAUUUAAUAAAUGUAUAAGGCCACUCAUCUCAUAUACUAUACAUGACUCUGGGUGGCUAACAAUGAAAACAGAAUAUUGCCCUUAAAUUGAAUUUUUCACCCAUGGAUCCUAAACUCUUGAAAUUAGUAAGUGGCCCCUAUUUUUGGGCACACGCAUAGGGCACAUUUAAAGGGGAGCCAGUCCAUUUGUUUCAGUGAAGAACUAACUUUCCCACAAAAAUUAUCCCCGCUUCUGAGCUAUGUAUGCUCAACACAUUUCCUAUAACUGUAGGUGACAGAGUUUGACCGAGAUGCAGGAUUUUUGGCUCUGUCAACUCUGCCAAGGAAUGUAAUCAGUUGCAGGGUUUUCCUUUUUGGCGUACCA